AUGAACUCGAUGAGUUCAGCUCAAAUGCUGCCUUUGGCUCUGGUGAUAACGCUGAUGAGCUUUAAUGCGGUGAAUGGUCAGCCUGGCGGUGGCGGUGGUGGCGGUGGUGGCGGUGGUGGCGGUGGUGGCAGUGGUGGUGGUGGCGGCACCAGUACUCCUUGCCCAAGGGGCGAUGGCCAGGUGGUGCGGCUGGUGAGCAAAACGAGCACCGAGUACACGGUCUUCUUCAGCGGCUGCCCGUUCUACAGCCCCUACAAUCAGACCACACCUAACACGCCAACCUUCCAGAACAAGACGGUUACGUUCCGCAUCACCCCGGUGCUCUCGUCCACCGUCACCUACGUCGGUAUUUAUGCCAGCGGCACCACCAGCAACUCUCGGAAAAUUAUGAGCACCAUAGGCUAUACGGUCAACGGCAUGGGCAUGUACAGCGAUGCGGAUGCUCUUGGGCGGGAUGCCUAUGUUUAUGAGGGCCAGAGUUUCGAUGGGUGCCGCGGUCACGCCGCGGUCUCUACCACUUUCACACUGAGCCUGGCUCCGGCUGCGUGUACAACGAGACCGCGGGCACGCACUCCCCCCUGCUGGGUAUCAUGUACGACAGCAUCCCGAUUUACGGCGCCCUGGGCGACAACGGUGUGCCGCCGACUAACCUAGACGAGUGCGGCGGCCACACAGACACCACCUACCCCUUCUACCACUACCACACCACAUACAACUUGAAGUCCCCGUAUAUCGUCAAGUGCCUCCGCGGCUGCAUCUUCAACGCCAAUGGCAACCCCUCGAUCCAGCAGUACAACCUGGUCAAGACCGACGCCACGUGCGUAAAGGCGGCGACGCAGUACGACUACAGCUCCUUCGUCAAUCCCCUGCUGUCGUCAAGCCCUGUGACUACCAGCUCGCCGCCGCCGCCGCCACAAACCGGGCCAAGUAGCCCGCCGCCGCCGCCAUCAGCGCUGCGCAGCCCGCCGCCGCAGCUUGGGAAGCCACCAAAGGCGCAGGCGGGUAGCCCGCCACCGCCUCCGCCACCCAAGAUGGUCAUGCAGCCCAAGCCGGCAAAGCCAAUCCAAGGCAAGCCGGCCCUUGGGAGGCGCCACCUGUAAUUUACGUGGACAUGUGCUUUGAUAUUGUAUAUAGGGACCUGAUAUUGAUACAUAACGAUCAGAUGGGAAGCAACCGGGAGUGCAAAUGGCGAAGUAUAAGCACUGGAUGGGGCUGCCCUUUUCGGGAGCCGCAGCCGUCAUGUGGCCAACACAUGCUAAGGUUUUCAUUCCUCGUUUAGCACAUCGUAAGCUAAUGCAGUUUCGUUUAUGUUGCUGGGCUUUGGAGGCGAACAGAGCACGAAGGGGCAAGUACCAUGUCCCCAGGGGGCAGCGGUUUUGCCACUGUUGUGGUCCUAAUAGCCGAAUUGAGGAUGAAAAACACGUGUUAUUGGAAUGCCCAGCCUAUAAUGAUAUUCGUGCUGAAGAGGGAUUCGAUCAUCAACAGAGUAUGUUGGAGGCCAUGCAAUGGGAACCCGCACGUCUGGCGAGGAUGUUGGAACGUAUGUGGGCUCACCGAAACUCAAUUACCCCCUUUGGACGUUAGUCUGGGCUGAUGUGCGGUGUUUUUUCCUUUUUCUCCGUGGCUUUUAGGCGUUGUAGUAUUGCCCUUGGGCCCUCGGCUCGUAUGGGUAGUCUUACAGGUAUGGGGUCACGCACCCCCAACCAUGUAACACACACACACAUAACGAUCGCCAUUAACAGCGAACUUAAAUCCACUCUGCGAAAUACGCUUUACGAGGGUCACCGCCUGGGUAGUGUAUAUUGGGUCCUAAGCGGGUGAUGUUGAGUGCGUCAUGCUAGGCGAUGAGGCGUUGUUGUUUUGCCGGCAGGACCCCGGAUUCAAGCACGCUGCACACACACGUCGACAUGUGCCGGUUGCCAUGGGAGUGUGAUUAUCUAGGUGGUUAUUAGUUGCUUUCGAGAUUAUAUUUGUCGUACUCGUUGAGGGCAAGAGGGCCACGUGUGGCAUUGCUGUACAGUAGUUUGGGCACGGCAGGCGCUUAUUGUAUCAACGUAGUAGCAUAAGGGGUAGCGCCGUACCCAAUGCCUUCCUGAAGUUGGAUUGCAGCGGAAGAAGACGCUCUUGCCCGUAGUCGCGGAUUUGCACCGGGGUUGGAUAUACGCGUUGACGCCUGUCACUUCGUGGCCCUAGUGCCCAAAUGUGAGUCAGCAUCGUGUCGCGAUUCCAGCUCGGUGAGAAAAGAUUCGACUGUCGACGGGCUUCGGUAAUAAGGGUUAGCGUUAUCUCGCUUAAAAGUCGUUAGGUGUGGUUUUUUCUAUCCGUGGGAAAAACGUUUUUGAGUGUGCUUUUUCGGUCGUGUUUUCCAUAGCCAUUCCUCGGGUAAGCACCCUCCCCCUUCGCUAUCCAUCGAUAGCGGUCAAUUCGUGCGUGGUCGUGCCUUCCACAUACAUGCCAAGUCGUUUUUAAUCUUUGAAUGGCUUUGUGCGUCUUAGAAAAUGUUUUUUGGCGCCAUUUGUCGCCUUUGUGGUCUCGAAGCUACUUCCCCUUGGUUAAGCGAAAUACAAAUUUACCGGAUGAUUUGCUGAAUUGCAGCCACACUUGGGCAUCGAUUGGAGGAAUGUAACACGACGAUGAUUG